GAAUUCUACCUCUUGUCACCACCAGGAUUGGAGGAACUGUGUGAAUCUCCGUCCCCACCGGGCUGCAACCCAUUGCCGCUGGGGGGUCUUUUACUGCAGACCCCGCCACAUAGACGGAUUGAAUCGUCUGAAACGUCUCCAAUGCCGACCCCUUACACACCAGUUAGGCCCGCACCUGGACUGGACAAUGUGCCCACACCGACAAAGGUGCCUAAAAGCGGAGCUUUGGGUGAGAGGAAAGCAUGGAACGACGGAGUUGUGCAAGACAAAGAUCACCUUCUCAGGACUCCGGACGGAAAGAUGAUCAGCAGCUUUGCAGACGAGGACAAGCCGGUCCCAGGCAACUCACUUGAGCCACAGACAGGUGCUCAUGGACAUGGAGCCUCUGAAAAUGGCUUCCGCUAUGGACAAGCUCGCAUCAGGGGCAACGGGUGCAAGGCGAUACACUGCCGGCGGGGCAGGGGCUGCAAGGGCAAAGGCAAGGGCAAGACCAAAGGCAGGUUGCCACUGACGGAUUUGGUGCCAGAACCUUGCAACGAGCAGAAGCUAUUUCUGAUGCAACACAGCAUCGCCCACAUGCAACAGAUGUUGCAGAUGGCCCAGGCAGAGGCCAUGCAGACUUAUCAAGUGGUAUUGCAGGAGCACUCAGCAAGCGGAACAAGUCCUGCAGUAUCUGCAGUGCCAGCACUGCCUGUUGCAACCAUGCCAACUAUGCCAACAGUGCAGGAGGACUUCAGGGAUGAGAAAUUCACCGAGACGGAAAGUGGUGAUUGGAUACUGGAGUUCAAAGUUCGAAAGGCCACGGCGUCGACUGACUUGGGAAUGCAGGUCUCAUACCUCCACGGGCGGCCACCGGUGAAGGUGCAAAAAGUCCAUGACACUGGUGUGAUCCCUUCAUGGAAUCGACUUUGCUUGGGCGACUUCGAGCAUCGCGCUGUUUGCCCAGGUGACCAGAUACUUGCGGUGAACGAAGUCUAUGAUGUGCAGCCCAUGUUACUUGAGAUGAAGGAGAAGAGCCUGCUGACACUCAAGAUUCUUCGGCCAUUUGGCUGGAGACCCAGGACGGGAACUGCGAACUGA